AUGGCAAAAAAGAGGAAGGCAGGUGGCGGCGCAUCUGGCGCGCCCAAAGCGCCCAAAGAAGAGGAUUCUCGCAUGGCCAUCAACACGUGGGAAGAUGUCGCGGAUUCGGAAGACGACUUUCACAUGAAUCGUGAUAAGAUACUGUUGGAUGAGGGCCCGGCAGCGAAGCGGAUGAGGAAGUAUCGGGAAGAAGACCAAUUCCUAGAAGCCUCGGAUGAGGAAAUCCUCGAUAUUGGCAGCGACGACGAGAGCGAAGCCGAUUUCGACGACGACGAAGAUGAGAAGCCGAAGCCAGUUGAGGAAGAGGACGUAGACCUAGGUGGAUGGGGUGCCUCGAAAAAGGACUACUACGACGCCGAUGCGAUAGAAACAGAGCAAGAUGCGUUGGAUGAAGAGGCAGAGGCAAGGCGCAUACAAAAGAAGCAGCUCCAAGGAAUGACAGAGGCAGACUUUGGCUUUGACGAGGACGAAUGGCUUGGGCAGGACGAAGAAAAAGACGUGCAAGGCGGUGCUGUAGUCACCGAGGUGCUGCCACAACUGCACAUCACUGAGAGCAUGUCCGAGGAAGAGAAGAUGAAGAUUAUGCGGGCGCGAUACCCCGAGUUUGAGCACAUCUCAAAGGAAUACCUGCGACUGCAGCCGCUGCACGAUGAACUGGCGGCUACCGCGAACGCUGCAGAGAAGUUGCUGAAGGCGCAGGCGGCCAAGUCAGGGAGGACGAUCCCCACACCCAUGGCAGUGACAAAGUACCGGGCUUGCGCGGCAUAUCUCGCUGCAAUGGCCAUGUAUUUUGCUGUACUCGGCUCGACCGCAAACGAGCAUGAUUCGUCUGUCAUUGCCUUGGAUCCCGUUGAGUUGCACGAGCACCCGGUCAUGGAGAGUCUACUCCAGUGCCAGAAGAUGUGGUCGCGAGUAGAAAGCCUACCAGUCUCUGACCCGAUGGUGGAGGCUGAGAUUGACGAUGAUGUUUCCGAGAUUGAUCAAGUCAACCCCGAGCUCCAUCGUGACGCACUCGCUGUCAAGAAGCCGAUCAGACAAAGGAAGACCAAGGCGGAGAGAGCAGCGGAGAUAGCCCAGGCAGAAGCAGCAGCACGGCGCACUGCGAAGCUUGCCAAGACUGAGCAAGAUCUCGCAACGCUCGACGCGCUCACUGACAAGGCCGCACUCAAGAAAGCGGCGCGGAAGAAGAAGGUUGUAGAACCCAAGCUUAACCUGCUCAAUGCGGACGACUCGGACUUUGGCGAAGAGACGGAACUCACUGCACACGAGGCUGCUGAGAAAGCGAAGAAGAAGAAGUCUCUCCGAUUCUACACAUCGCAGAUCACCCAGAAAUCCAACAAGCGCGAUACCGCUGGUAAAGAUCAAGGUGGUGAUGCGGAUAUCCCACGCCGUGAGCGUCUGAAGGAGCGACAAGCCCGUCUACAAGCCGAAGCUGAGAAGCGUGGUCAACAAAACGCUGGCCCUGGUGUAGCUCUAGGUGAUGAUGACGGUGCCAGCUCAGGCGAAGAAGCGCCUAUACCUAAGCGCUCCGACUUUGAGGACGAAGAGGGUUACUACGACAUGAUUGCCGCCCGCUUUGAUAAGAAGAAGCAAACCAAGCUCGACCGCGCAGAAGCUUAUGCGCUUGCUAAGCAGCAAGGCGUCCAAGUUUUCGAAGAAGAGACUAUCGACGAUGACGGUCGAAGACAAAUCAGUUACCAGAUUCAGAAGAACAAGGGAUUAACGCCACAUCGCAAGAAGAGCGUACGCAAUCCUAGGGUCAAGAAGAAGGAAAAGUACAAGGAGAAGCAGAAGAAGCUCAAGAGUAUGAAACAGGUGUUUGAUAAAGGUGCGGCGGCGAAGGGUAGCGCGAGCUACGGUGGUGAACUCACGGGUAUUAAGAGCGGGUUGGUGAGGAGUAGGAAGUUGUAG